AUGUUAAAUUCAAAAAAAAUCUCCUGCAAGUAUAUUAUCUAGAUAUAAGCAAAAUUUUAACAAAAACUAUUUUUAAAAGAAUUUUUGGAAGCCUUGAUUUUUUUGUAUUUUAAUGAAAUGGAAAAUACACUUAUAGUAGGGUACAUAUAGGGAUUUGAUGAAAAUAGACUAUCAUCUGGAGUGAUCUAUUAUUAUAGAUUGGGCGAUAAAUACACUUUUGAUAUGGAAGAGGAAUUUUCGAUUUUAUAAACCAAAAUAUCAGGAUGUAUUUCAGUUUAAAGAGAAAUUUAUGCUAUUAAAAGUAAUUUUAACAAUACAAAAUAUUAAAAAUGUAAAUGAAUUAUAAGAAAUUUCUUUGUUUGUAAUUUAUAAUUCCAUUAAAAUAUCAUAGUUAUUACUAAUUGCAUAGGUAAAAUAUAUAUAUGUUAAUCGUCUUUUGUCAAAAUUAGACGAAAAAUUGUAACUCACACUUCUAAAAUUAAAUAGUUAUUGAUAGAUAAUGAAAGAAAUAAACUAAUGGUUUUAAAUUAUGAUUCAAAGACUUAUUAUUAUUUUAAUUUUGAUAAGGAUUUUAAUAUGGAUUUACGUAAAUAAAAACAGGAGUUGAGUUAAAAAAUAAGUUAAUUUAAAUUAAUAAUUUAGAGCUUAUGCUUUGAAUGGUCCAAGAAAAGGAGAGAGAUAUUUAUAGAAAAUGAAGAUGGAACAAUAUCAAUUUGAAAUGUCUAAAAUUUUAACCAUUUUUUAAGGAUAUUUUUAUAAUUAGAUGUAUUUAAGGCUUAUUCUAAAGGAAUUAACAAGAUUUUUUGGAAUGAAAAUAAUUAUUGCUCUUAAUUGUAUGCGAUGA